UGAGCCAGCGCCAUGGAGCUCCCUCCCCUCCCCCCAUCCGUUGCCCUUCCCCACCCCUCGCUGGCCACCCAUUCGACACCCCCACGGCACCACGGAUGGACUGUCGCAGCCCUGGCCACUGCUUGGAAGCUGGCGCCCACACGGCAGGCCACGCAGCGCUGGGCGGUGGUGGAAGAUGAGCACUGCCAAGCGGUUGGGGCGUGGCUGAGGAACUUUGUGAUCGCCAAGGAUUUUUGCCCCUGGGCCAAGCCGGCGAAGAAGAAGGACCACAUUCGCAUCGUCUCCAGCACUGCCAGGGCCUCCGAGGCGGUGCUGGGGGAUCUGCUGGACGAGGCCGAAGCCCUGCCGCUGGUGGCCUCCGGCGAAACGGGGGAGACGACGACCACGUUGCUGGUGUGUCCCUAUGUGGAGGAGUGGAAGGCUUUUGGCCCAUUCAGAGAUUUUUAUGAAGAAGACUUGGAAGGUGGAAGCACAUUCCUGGAAGAUUUUGACAUGAAGAUCGUUGCGUUUCACCCGGAGUACCUAAAAUAUGGAUUCUCCGUGGCCGCGGGCGACCGCAUUGCUGUGGCCAAUUUCGAUGGGACCUCCAGCAGUGCGACGGUGUUGGAUGAAGAGGGGGGUGUUCACCCUGAGGACGGCGAAGAACUGUUGGACGUGAGGUUCGACAAUGGCGAGGAAUUUUUGAUUCGAUAUAGUUCCAUCAUCACAAAGUUAGCCAUGAAGGACGGGCAGGAGCUGCCGGCCAACGAUGCCACGGGCGAUGCGGCGAAUCUGUCUCCUGUGAAGGGUUAAGCCGCGCUCCCCGUCCCACGCUGCACCUGCUUCGGAUGGAAGAUCUGGAGGCGGCAUCCCUGGCGGCCAAGGCCAAGACGGGGCCGGACAUCCAACAGGUCUUGGAAGCCAAUGCGGAAAGGGCUGCGGCCAUUGGCUUAGAUGGCAUGGCAGAAGUGCUCCGCGACUGCGGCUGAGCUCGCGGAGGGGUUGAUACGGUGCGGUUGGCGACUGGAAAA